AUGGACACGCGACUAAAGUAUAAGGAGCAUAUUACGAGGGCAGCAUCUAAGGGCCUGGAGGCCGCGAUGGAGCUACGACGGCUCCAAGGCCUCUCCCCAGCGACCGCACGACAGCUCUUCACAGCGACCGUGGCUCCGGUGGUGGACUAUGCCUCUAAUGUUUGGAUGCACGCAUUCAAGAAUAAGAACAUCGGACCGAUCAACCGAGUGCAAAGGGUAGGAGCACAAGCAAUUAUGGGGACAUUCCUCACAGUUGCGACUAGCGUAGCGGAGGCCGAGGCCCACAUUGCUACGGCACAACACCGAUUCUGGAGACGAGCCGUGAAGACGUGGGCAGACCUCCACACACUACCAGAAACCAACCCUCUUCGCAGAAACACAGAUCGAAUCCGGAAGUUCAGGAGAUACCACCGCUCGCCACUAUAUCAAGUAGCGGACGCGCUUAAGAAUAUCGAUAUGGAAUCACUGGAAACCAUCAACCCGUUUACACUGGCACCAUAG